AUGUUUUCGCCCCCUCAUCUCCUGGAUCACCCCAGCUUCAUAUCUCGCUUCUCGAGAUCUUCUUUUUCCAAGCAAGGCAAUGAAGUAACUCAGUGCUUCUUGGUCAUUACCCUAAUUUCCAAUCCGAACUUGCGGUCGUUAUUGCCGCCUGACGCCAUUGCGAUGGGUCAGAUCGAGGAUAUACCCAAGAUCGUCGAGUAUCACGUCCUUCGAAGACAUCAAAGAUGCCGGUCCUCGGAGGAGCAGCUCGAUCUGUGGCAGACCUUGCCUGAACUACCACUGGCAACAGAGUUGCUAUCCGGCGACCCCCCAGACCUCCCGUACGACUAUCAGUACGAAUCUCCGCGCGAUAAGAAUGACUACCUGCGCUGGCAAUACCUGAUGUACCGGUAUGAGGGUGUUGAGUUCAUCCGCCGUGCUAUCGCUGCGUUUCAAAAAAGGCCGCACGAACAGCCUCGUGAUGCCUACGUCCACACCCAGGCCCGCGUCCAAGGAUACACCUUCUCGAAGCAGGGUGCAGCUGCACGUGUUGCAUUCUCCACCGACAUGUCCAAGGUACGUGUGGACUGGGAGAACACUUCAAGGCUCACUCCUGGAACCCUGAUUGCCCUGAGCCCGAAGAAAGACGGUUUUCGGACAAAAUGCUUGGUAGCAACAGUUGCUGCCCGGCCAAUUCUCAGUGGCCUGAUCCCUGACCCAGAGUUUGGCGAGGCUGAGGACACCCCUCCACGCAUCGACAUAUUCUGGAGCAACCCAGAAGACGCAGUCAUUGACCCUCUCGAGGAGAUGUUUAUAAUUGAGCCCAAGUCCGGUUACUUCGAGCCUGUCCGUCAUGCGAUGAUAGGCCUGCAGCAUGCUGCCGUUUCGGAGUCAUGCAUCGACAAGUACACCGUCAAUGGCCACACUGGAGAUGACAUUGCGCCUGAUCUCGUCGACCAACCCCCAUGCCUACCAGCGGCUACUUUCGUACUCGACAAUUCGCAACACCGAGCCUUCCAGCGCAUGACAUCGCGGGAGCUAGCCAUUAUCCAAGGACCUCCAGGCACUGGAAAGACAUACACAUCGGUUACAGCAAUCAGGGCCUUGAUUUGGAACCGACCGACCCCUAUCAUAGUGGCCGCGCAAACGAACCAUGCACUUGACCAGCUCCUCCUUGAGUGUAUGCAGCCAGGCUCGGACGGCGUCGCCAUGGUCAAUAUUGCCAGACUUGGUAGCAGGUCUCAAGACGAAGCCAUCCAGCAGACUACGCUCUACAACCUAAGGACAAAGUCGAAGAAGUAUGCGCGUGGAGGACACCAAGCCUGGGCUGAUGCAGAGUCCAAGGCCGCCGAGUUCGAGUCACUGAUACAAAUCUGCUUUCCAAAUGGCCUCAUCCCUUUCAAGCUGUCUGAUUCAGAGAGCGAGCACACAGAGACACAAGAUGACCAGAUGGCCAAAUGGCUUGGCAGUGACCAAGUUCAAGUGGACGCCUCCUGCGCGUACGUACCUCCGAAAGGCCAGUCCGUGCCCAAGGUCGCAUAUGGUGAUGUCCCAGAGCCGGAGAAGACGGCGGAAGAGGAUGCUCACAAGCUUGACGAGAAAGCACAAGUCCAGGAGAAAGACAAGGAGCGUCUCAGGGGCAAGUAUGUGCCCAUCAAGCUGCUCGGGCCUAGUGCGGUCACGGGAGUCCCCGCGAAUCUGGCUGCUCAUCAAGCGGCAAAUGAGGAUCUAUAUGAUAUACCGCAGGCACUACGACGCGCAGUGUACCGGCACUUCCGCCAAAAGCUCGUGGCGGCCAUCAAGGGUCGGAUCCCAUCAAUACUUCAGUCUUUCGCUAGACUGUGCGACCGAGUGAAGAUUGGGCGUACUUCAAACGACGUAAAGCUUCUCAAAGAGCAGGGUAUAUCAGUCGUUGGUUGCACACUGACCGGACUCACCAAGUAUCGCGCUCUUGUCGCAGCGUUGGAACCCAAGGUUCUGCUGGUUGAAGAAGCUGCAGAAACUCGCGAGCCGAACAUCACUUCAGCCCUGUUCCCGUCCUUGGACCAGCUGAUCCUCGUCGGUGAUCAUCAACAGCUGGUACCCAGUGUCGACGCAGACGUUCUCACGGAGCACCCAUUCAAUCUGCACGUGUCGCUGUUUGAGAGACUGGUAAAAAUUGGCUUACCCUUUACGCAACUUCAGGUUCAGCGGCGCAUGACCCCUUCAAUCUCCAAGAUCGUCCGGCUUUUCUACCCAGAUCUCGAGGACCACGAAAUUGUCAAGAGCAAAGAGCAUCGACCGCCCGUUCCAGGGCUGAGGCCCGACUGUCGUCUCAAGUGGUUCAGGCAUGAAUGGCCCGAAUCACGCUCGGAAAACAUGUCCUACGACAACUUGGAAGAGGCCAAGAUGAUCGCAGGCUUUACCCAGUACCUUGUGCAGAACGGUCUCCAGCCUGCCGACAUUGCCAUCCUCAGCUUUUACAACGGCCAAGUGGAGCUCAUCCAGAGGAUCCUAGCGAACACGACAUACUUCAAAGAGAAACACGCCCAUCAACGCUGGUCCGACGUUGUCCGAACCGUCGAUGGAUUUCAAGGCGAGCAGAAUGAGGUCGUCAUCCUGUCUGUGGUUCGUAGUGGUGAUCGACCGGGCUUCGUGCAGAACGAGAACCGAGCUGUUGUCGCGCUCAGCCGUGCCAAACGGGGUAUGUUCAUCUUUGGGAACGACGACACGCUUCGGACCACCGCGGCAAGCGCACAGACGUGGGGAGGUGUGCUGAAUAUCCUGGAAGAGGAUCACGCGAUCAACAACACGCUGGAGAUUGUCUGCCAGCGCCACAACACCGUGACAACAAUCACCAAGGCAGAAGAUUGGGAGGAUGUUCCUGGAGGAGGCUGUGGCAAGCCGUGUGGAUGGACCUGCCCUGAGGGCCAUCAAUGUACGCAAAGGUGCCACCGGAUACCUCACCCUCAACAAGGCUGUAGCGCAGCUUGCAAGAAUCCUCAACUCUCCUGUGGUCAUCCUUGUCGGGAAUCAUGUGGUAGGCCUUGCAGAUGCAGACAAGGUUGUGGCGAUCCCAAGGGAAAAGCUGCCCCUAUCCUCAGACAUGCGCAGCUUCCCAUGGCUGCUCAGGGGAAGAUGGCUCAAACGAGGACAACCACCAAGGCGACUACCAGCCAGCAUAUGUUUGCCACAGGUGAUCUGGAGAGCCCAGCCCUUCAACACGGACACCAGCCCGGAUGGGAACCCGCAGCAAUUGCCCGCAAUGACAAGAUAGCGCGAGCACAGUCAACAUCUCCGCAAAAGAGACAGCCUAUGUCCUCAGCAGAUGAGCCAUCCCGGAGUUUCAGAGAGCUCUACUGCCAGAACGGACCAGCUGACAACAACGGCGGACAAUUGGAAGCCCCAGCUCGCCAUGAGCGGCCAAGCAUUGCUGAGACGUAUGUCGAAACGUGUGUGGCUAGAGACGGGCAACGGAUCAUGAAGAGCACCAGUCGCCACACGCACAGCCGCAGUACGACGGAGGAAUGGGAAACGGUAGAGCUUAUAGAUGGUUUGCAGGUUGAAGAGAAUCCAAAGGUGGAAGAGAUGGACGAUGUGGAGGAGGAUCUCAUUUCCUUUGAGGAUCUGCUGGACUUGUAA